UGGGAUUAAAGGCGUGUGCCACCACUGCCUGGCUGCAGAUAGUUUUUUGCCAGUGUGUGACAUUUAGAAUCCUAGGGAUUUUUCAGAGGAUGUAUAAAUGCUAGAGCCCCUGGAGAAGGGCUGGUUGCUGGUGGUUGUGCACUGUGGCUUGUGGCUUGUUACCUAGAUGUAUGCAAAGAGAAGAAAAGAAAAAAUUAGAUAUACUGACAGCAAAGAUCAAAUUUGCCCCAAGGAACUCAACGCCCUAACCAGCAGGAAGUAAUCUAAGGAUACUGUAGACCCGUUUCCCCUCCCCCCUUUCCUCUCCUGCCUAGUGUUCUGGCGCUGAAAGGGUGGAAGAAAAAGGAACCCACAAAGUAGCCAAAAGUGGGGUUCCAGGCCUGGGCUUUGUGGAGAUCCUGCCGCUGCCCUCCCGAGUGCUGGGGCUUCUGUGCUUGGGCCGCUACACUGGUCUCCCAGUAUUUCUUGUCCCAUACUUCCUACUGUUUAUUGUAAUGCAAGUUAGAAGCUGGGGUGGAGCUUGAGGACAGAGGGCGGGGCCUGAAUUUUACAUACACACGAACACACAAACAGUAGUCUCCAUUCUAAGGCUUACUCUGAAGUGUUCAGGACGCCAAUUAAAAAGUCACUUUUUUUUAAAGCUGUUUUUUUUGUUUUAAGUUCCUCUUCUCCUAGAUUUUGAUUUUUUUUUUCUGAUUCAUUUCCUCCUUUCAUCUUGGUUUUUGUAGGAGGUGAGAGUCCCUCCCCCAAUGAGAUCAUCCCUAGCAGAACCCAAGGCCAGUGCUUAUCUGCGGAAUCAGAGGCCCCUUGCUUUCUCACAGCUGACAGUUUCCAGUGGAAGUAUUGGGAGAGGGAGUCGAAAGGACCUGGGCUGGCUCUGACCCUUCCCACAUUUACCUGGCUCCUUGUCACAGCUCUGCCUUUUUCUGGGCCACCCUGGGCCUAUAUUCCGACUCCCAGCUCUGUGUGUGGGAGGGGCAGUCCUCCCACCUACGGAGCUGCUUGCAAACUGAGGGGGGGCUGGGUUAAAAACAGUCUCCCCCUCCCCCAACACAGGAUCACAGCUACUAAAUGAGAAGUAAAGGGAGAAAUCUCUCUCAUCUCCCCAAAUCUCUUCCCCCAACUUCUCCUCCCCACGCCUAACGCUUUCUGCUCAGUGUUCGCCACACUGGCGUAGUAAAAACGGAGGAACCAAACUCUUAGAGAAUGGGAAGGGUCACAUUCAAAUUACUGAGAAAGGCAACAUGAAAAUGAACUCAGAGCCAACCCACCACGUCAGGUUUCAUCCACAUUAAUGACGCAGUCUUAAAGCUUGGGUCAUUAUUCUUCCUAAAGCAAGAGAGCAAAUGCUGUAUCCUGUCAUUGGCCCCAGAGGCCACCGGAAAUGGCAUCACCUCCCCACACACUGCCUUGUGAAAGUUGCAGCACCCAGCGCUGAACUUAUUUACCCCGAAGACAGAACCUGGGCCAUUCUGAUCUACAGCCAGGAAAGGCCUCUAUCUAGGGAAGGAUCUAGAAUCAACAGAGAGACACCUUUUUAAAAAAACUCACCAGUGGUUUCAAUAACAGUUCCCAGACCCAGCUUGUGCAAAAGAGGGAGCUAAGAGGCACACCGCAGGCACCAUGGUCCGCCUGUUGGCCUCCGAAGUACAGCAGCUACUCCACAACAAGUUUGUGGUCGUCCUUGGGGACUCUGUGCAUAGGGCGGUGUACAAGGACCUGGUGCUCCUGCUGCAGAAGGAUUGCCUGCUCACUAACAAGCAGCUCAGAACCAAGGGGGAGCUGAGCUUUGAAAAGGACCAGCUGAAGAUGGGAGGCGAGCUGGAUACCCUACACAACCGCACGGACUACCGCGAGGUGCGCGAGUUCUGCUCUGACCACCAUCUGGUGCGCUUCUACUUCCUCACGCGGGUCUACUCUGAGUACAUGGAGAGUGUCCUAGAGGAGCUACGGUCUGGCAUUCACACCCCAGAUGUGAUCAUUAUGAACUCUUGCCUCUGGGACGUCUCCAGGUAUGGGCGGAAUUCCUUGAGUAGUUACAGGCAGAACCUGGAGAACUUGUUUAGGCGCAUGGACCAGAUGCUGCCCAAGUCGUGCCUGCUAGUGUGGAACACUGCUAUGCCUUUAGGUGACAAAAUCAAGGCGGCCUUCCUCCCACAGAAGUGUAAGGGCCAGUACCCCCGGAUCUCGGUAGCCAACCUGAAAAAGAAAGUGACCCAGGCCAAUGUUUAUAGCCAUGCGGAAGCAACAAAGCACUAUUUCGAUGUGCUGGACUUAAAUUUCCACUUCCGUCAAGCCAGAAAGCACCUGCAGGGAGAUGGCGUGCACUGGAAUGAGCAUGCGCACCGCAAGCUCUCCUACCUGCUGCUGGCCCACAUGGCUGACGCAUGGGGUGUGGAAUUGCCCCACCGAGACGCAUGCGAGCUUGGUUUUCAGACAUGGGAAAGUUCAGGCCAGGGAGAGGAAAGGCAGCCCCAAGACGGCUUAGGUCCUCAGGUGUUUGCCCCGUCUCCCCCUUUCCCCUUUCCCAGGCCACCUCCCCUACUCCCAUCCCCUGGCUUGCCCGUAAGGCCCCCACCCCUACUAGGAUGUCCCCCACCCUUGCCCCAGCCCCAGCCCCAGCCGAUGCCCCCGUUUCCAUUCUAUCCUCAAGUUUCCUAUUUUUCCUCAGACCCUGUUUUCCAGUCAGAUGAAUUCUAUAUCCACUCUGAUAACCCCUCCCCUACCCACACUGGAUAUGCCUUUGAGGCCGACUUUAGCUUUUAUCCCCAGCCACCUAUGCCCAACUACCGCCCGCCCUGUUAUCAGCGUCAGGCCCCUGUAGUACAUAGGGGCUUCCCAAGGCAUUAUGCUCGUGGCCCCUAUAGGCCUUAUAGACCCAGGCGACCACAGAAACAUGCCCCAGCCUGCCUAGAGUCAAGGCCCCAGUAGUGUUCUGAUUAAGCCUUACCUCUGGAUGGGGUCGUGUGACAUCUGUCUUUUUUGUCUCAUCGUUGGUCUAAUACAGUGACCUUGCUAAGGUAAACCCAGCUAGUCCUGUCUUGGACUUCUCUUUGUUUAUUGCUGUUAGAAACAGAGGCAGGGAAGAGCAGACUGGCCCCUCCUGCUGCCUGAGGCCAUCUCUUCCCCCUGAGUGACCAAGCAAGCAUUCUUACUACCUCCCCCCUCGCUAUUCUUGUUGCCUUUUUGUAAAAAUAAAAUUGAAAUACAGAAAUUGUUUCCAAAA